AUGCGCACCCAGAGUAACAAGAUGGCGGAGAGUGCGGAACUGAAGCAAAUGGUAAUGAGCCUUCGAGUUUCUGAGCUCCAAGUGUUGUUGGGGUAUGCAGGACGAAAUAAGCACGGGCGCAAACAUGAACUUUUGACUAAAGCUCUCCACCUACUCAAGGCUGGUUGCAGUCCCGCAGUGCAGAUGAAGAUCAAAGAGCUCUACAGACGGCGCUUCCCAACCAAAAUGGUUUCACCAGUGGACCUCGCUCUUCCUGGUGUUCACUCUGCGUCCAGCUUGCCAACUGGACUCGCCCAGCUGGGAUUUGACAGCCACGGUUCCCCGUCACCGCUGCUGCCUGUUUCUUUACUUGGGCCUAAGCAUGAGCUGAGUCUGCCUCACCUUCCCUCCGCCCUGCACCCUGUACACCCCGAUGUCAAGCUCCAGAGAUUGCCAUUCUACGAUGUGCUGGAUGAGCUAAUUAAGCCCACCAGCCUUGCUUCAGACAACAGUCAGCGGUUCCAGGAAGCAUGUUAUGCUUUUGCAUUAACACCACAGCAAGUUCAACAGAUCAGCAGCUCCAUGGACAUAUCUGGGACCAAAUGUGACUUUGCCGUUCAAGUCCAGUUAAGAUUUUGUUUAUCAGAAACAAGCUGUCCCCAGGAGGAUCAUUUCCCCCCUAAUCUGUGUGUGAAGGUCAAUGGCAAGCCGUGUAAUCUCCCGGGAUAUCUUCCUCCCACCAAGAACGGAGUUGAACCAAAAAGGCCCAGUCGCCCCAUUAACAUAACAUCUCUUGUCCGGCUGUCCACAACAGUCCCCAACACGAUUGUGGUGUCAUGGACUUCAGAAAUUGGGAGGAGUUUUUCCAUGGCCGUGUAUUUGGUAAGACAGCAGUCGUCUGCAGUGUUGUUGCAAAGACUACGGGCCAAAGGAAUUAGGAACCCGGACCACUCAAGAGCUCUGAUCAAAGAGAAACUGACGGCUGAUCCAGAGAGUGAGAUCGCUACCACCAGUCUACGAGUCUCUCUCCUGUGUCCUCUGGGGAAGAUGAGACUGACAAUCCCCUGCAGAGCAAUGACAUGCUCACAUCUUCAGUGCUUCGAUGCUACACUUUAUAUCCAAAUGAACGAAAAAAAGCCAACCUGGGUGUGUCCAGUCUGUGACAAGAAGGCGCCAUAUGAGCACCUUAUUAUUGAUGGGUUGUUUAUGGAAAUCCUGAAUAGCUGUUCUGACUGUGAUGAGAUCCAGUUCAAAGAAGAUGGAAGCUGGGCCCCUAUGAGGUCAAAGAAGGAGGUGCAGGAGGUGUCUGCUUCCUACAACGGUGUAGACAGCGAUUUGUCUCGAACAGAAACACACGAGCAUAAACGGGGAUCAUCUAAUGACAACAGCAAGAAAGUCGAUGUGAUUGAUCUGACACUGGAUAGCUCCUCAGAGGACGAGCUAGAUGAUGAGCCACCUCCUAAAAGAGCCUGUCCCUCACUGUCACCUGUGUCUCCACCUGCAAACAAGGGAGUACUGAACCUGCACAGCCAGGCCUCACCUGUGUCCAGAGCUCCCAGCAUGCCCCCUGUGGAGACCAGCUACAUUCCUCCCCCUCCGCCUCUUAUCCAGGACUACCGCCACUAUUAUCACACAACUAGUGACCUGCCAGAUCUAAAUUUCUUCUCCUUCCUCCAAGGCGAAAAUCAGCAUUACAACAUGGUGAUGGCUGCAGCAGCGGCUGCAUCGGCUUCCGCCUCAGAGGACCACGACCUGCUCCUCAACCGUUUCCUGCCCUACGGCUCCCCUCAGAUGUUGCGGGAGCAGCCAGGCACCCCUGGGAGCAUCUCACUGGCAGCAACCAAUGGAGGCAGCAACAGCGGCAGCACCAGUAGUUUGGUGUCUUCCAGCAGUCUUCGGGACCGUGACAAAGACAGAGACAGGGACAGCCACGCCAUUUCUGGAUUGUCCAGGUCCUCGGUGGAAGCUGCAGCAGCAGCCAUUUAUGGCUCCAUAUCUGACGUUAUCUCUCUUGACUAGAUCCACACAGAACUGAAAGGCAAGGGAGACCUCGAGAACAGGAGUUCUUUGUAAAUAAGGAAGAGGAAGAUGAAAGAAUAAAGUGCUAUGUACAGAGAGGAAAUCUAUUUUCAAUUUUACUUAUCAUAUGUAUAUAAACUUAGGACGCUUCUUGUCCAGUGAGUUACUUCAGUUAAUAUUUUUCUGUGAAUACUGAAGACUUUUUCACACCUCUUCAUGUGGUCCUUUGAUUAUAUUGUACCUUUUGUACCUGGUUUUUACAGUUUUGUUUCAAUAUUUCAUGUCAAUGGCAUUAUUUCAGUAUACAUGCACAGAACCCAAUGAAGUGACACCUUAUGGAACGUGAAAUUUAGAACAUAAAGAAAAUGGGCAUUGUUAUCGAUGUACAAAAGGCAAGUCACAGCAAAACAGGAGAAUGUGUAACACUUUAUUUUCUAAAUGGUAUCAUUUCUGUCAAACUGUUUUGACAGCAGAAAGAUCUGGCCAUUUUUGCCAUCACUGUAGUUUUUUUCUGUAAGACAUUCAUGCUGUGGUCAUUAUUUUUAAGGAAUUAUUUAUGAUGUAAGUUAUGUUGGAUGUGUGCUGUUUUUUUGUUUUUCUUUUUAAGAAGCAUUCCCUAUGCCUCUAGGAACAGUUGCCACUAGAAAUGCAAAAGCAAAUGCUAGAUCCUUCUGUUGUCAUAACUACACUCUUUUCUUCUCGCAAAUAUGAACAAUAAUGUACCUAGAAUACAUAGAAAUUGGGAGUAAGUCAGUAUUGUAAGAUCAGGCUUUCAUUCAGUGUGUGAAUGAAGCGCGCUGGUCCAACAAGCACCGACAAUUGGACCUGAACGUAAAUCUAAGAUUUGCAAUCAUGUAUUUUUCUCUUAAAGUAUAGCUGUUUUAUUUUGCAUAUUACUCUUAAAAACAUACAUGGGAAGCUACAAAGAAGUGGCCAGUUGACAAUGACAAAUUUCUGUUCCACUUGCAAGACAAGGCUAGUUUCUGGUCUACUUGAAGUUUAUUGUUUCAUUGAAAGGCUUAAAACUAUUCAGUGAAUGCAAGUGGAUUAAUUACAUUUCAUUAUGUCUUUAUGUUUGAUUUUAGCACUUGCUCUUUUUUUUUUUUCUUUGAACAUAAAGUCUGUGUGGAGCAGUGAAGCGUUACAGUUCUCACUUAGUAGUUUUCAGCUUUUCUAUGUCUCUGCAAAAUACAUGAAAGCUCACCUGUUUGACUGCGAUGCUGUUCCUUAGUGAGGCCACAGGACGCAAAGCCUUUUUUGUGGUGUUUAGUGUAUUUGCAACAGCCUUUAAGAUGACUGUGAUAGCUUAGUCUUUGAGUGAAUCACAACACGCAUUUUGGCCCAGAAGUUGAAAACCAUUGAAGUUAUUAUGGACGCCUCCCCUCCCUUUAUUUUAUGACUUGUGCUUACAAUUAGGAUUAUUUAUUAUCAUAUAUAUUUUCAGCAUUUGUUUGAUUCGUGGAUAUGCAUUGCUGUCAUUGUAUGUGAUAUUUCUUUUGUAAUUAUAUAAUUAAUGCUAUUUAAAGACGUCACUGUUGCUUGACAUGCAUUGUAACAUUUUCUGUUUCUGUCCCGUUUUGCUAUCAGAUGAUGUCAAUAACUCAAUAGAAGCUUUGAUCAUUUUGAACGGCUACAAGGUCUACUGUGCUGUUUGAUAUUUGUAAGAAUUAAACAGAUACAAGAAAGUUCA